AAAAAAUAAAUACAAGGUUACUUAUAACAAUCGAAUUAUUUGUAAUCUUGAUGGUGAACAGAUAAUGGUAGAAAAAGAAGGUGUUCAAUAUUUAUUUGAUAUUGUUGGAUCAGAUGAAAAUAUUAUUUGUAUUGUAAUUAUUAAAAAUGAAAAUGGCGUAAAAUCAUAUUUUGAUAUUACUGAUGAGAAAUUAAAGGUUAAUAAGAAUCAAGAAAUUAAAUGGCGUAAUUUUGAUCUUGAAGGAAAUGGAAAUAUGGUUAAAUGUUUAAAGUUUGAUAAAAAGAAAAGUUAUGAAAUUACUUAUAAUGGAAAUGUACUUAUUAAUAUUUUUAAAG